AUGGCGGACGAGACGGCGGGGGGCCUAGAACCACCACGCGCCCGUCGCCCGACCUCGCCGCUGGGACCCGGAGGUGGGAGUGGCGGUGCAGCGGGGCCCAUAAACGUGGAACGCCCAGCCGCGGACCUGCCGGAGGCCAUCCAGUGGGAGCUGGAGGCUGUGAGCGCCCAGGCGGACUGGCCCUACCUGCGGCUGGAGCGCAGGUUUGGACGCAUGCGCCGUCUGCACUUGGUACGUAGGCGCUUCAUCAUCCAGAAUAUUUCUGGCUUCUGGGUCACUGCCUUUCUGAACCACCCGCAUCUGUCAGACAUGAUCAGUCCUCGUGAUGAAGACGUGCCCUGGUACUUGGUGAAUUUGGAGGUGAGGGAGCUCAGGCAUGCCAGGACGCGCUGCAGUUUCAAGUUUUGGAACAAUCCCUUUUUCUGGAACAAGGUGUUCGUGAAGGAGUAUGAGUGCAGAUCCUCAGGACCGGUGGUGUCAGUUGCAAGUCUCAUCCGAUGGCACCAGGGCCAAGAACCCCCUGUUCUGGUACACAGGAACUGGGACACUGUUCGCAGCUUCUUCAGCGGGUUCUCACAGAACAACCUCCCAGAGGCUGACAAGGUUGCCCAGAUUAUAGAGGACUUGUGGCCCAAACUCCUGCAGUACUACCUACUGGGGGAAAGACACCCCCCACCCCCCCACCUCACCUCCCGCGGAGCCAGCAGAGAGGUCUAGCAAGGUGGCGCACAGAGGCCCCUCCUAUGUCCUGCAGGUACCAGUCUGGCUAAGCCCUGCGCUAGGACCUGGCACCUACAUAAGACUGUCUUCUGCUUCUUGUGGACCUGUGCUCAAGCCGAUGACAUAGCUCUGCUGUCUGCUUUCUCUUUCAUGCACCCUGGCCCCUCCGAACAUUCAGUGGACUCUGCUCCAAGAUUGUGGCCUCCGUGGCCAAGCUCUUUUGUUUCCAUGCGGCCUUUGGGCAUCACAUAGCUGUCACAUGCCACAGUUCUACCCAGGCACCCAGUGCUAUGGAUGUGUACUCCCAUUAUCUUUGUGGCCCCAGCCUGCUUCUGAUCAUGGCCUUCCCACUCCACACCUUUUUUUUUUUUAAAGCAAGCUCUAUGUCCAAUGUGGGGCUUGAACUCAGUGAUUCUGAGAUCGAGAGUCUCAUGCUCUACUGACUGAGCCAGCCAGGCGCCCCCUUCCCUCCCACUUUUGACAAGGGCACCCACAAGUCAGCACUAGGAGGACCAGGGCCUCUUGGAGGCCCACUACUUCAAGGCCACAACACGUUGGGCUUCGUAUUUAUGCAUCCAGAAUAUUGGCUGUGGCAAGCUGAGUCUCAUCAUCCAAGAAGGGGAUGCAUUUGGUGCUGCCUGUCAGCCAGUCUUGGACAUUCCAUAGCCUCAGCGCCUCAGGACUGCAGGACCACAUGAUGAGGUCAAGGCUGUGAAGCAGUGUGCAAGGCAUUCUUUGUGAUCACACUGCUUUUCUUACCCCUGCAUUGGUACUACCCCACGGCCUGCUAUCCGCUUAUCAAGAUCUGUGAUAUCCUGCCAGUGUUUGGCCAUCAUCCCUUCUGAGUUCCACCCAGGCUCCCACCGGUGCUGCCUGCUCCCAGGUCUGUAAGGACCUCAACAACUGCCUGCCAAUGCGCAAGAAAACCCCCAGCCCCCUAGGAACUCUGCCACACUGGCAUAUCUGGGCAUGUGCUCAAGGCAGGGGCAAUGAUGGGGGUUCUUUCCCAGAAGCCUACCUUCCUGAGCCCCAGUCACUGGGCCCACACAGAAUCCCCUGGGCCUCUGCCCCCAUCUCCAGUCUCUGCCCAUCUUUAGGCUGCCAGGUUGCAGUACAGCAGGGCUGUUUCUAAUCAUGGGACCUGUCCAUACCUGCUCAGAUCUCACAUAUUUCUUCUCAUGUUCUUUAAAAUGACAGCUCAAAAACAAACAACUGAAGAAGCAAGCUUCUUUUUUUUUUUUUUUUUUUUAAUUUUUUUUCAACGUUUAUUUAUUUUUGGGACAGA